AUGGGAGCAUUAUAUAAAUGUUAAACCAAUUAUUAAUGCUCAGAGAGCCUGAUCGAUCUCAUCAUAAGUAGUGGGAUUCUGUAUUAUUUUAUAAUGAAAGCUAAAUUCAUGUUUGAAAAUAACAAUGGAAUUCUACUAUUAAUCGAUUAAACUCUGUGUGUCAUAGGCACUAUUCAGAUGGCUCUCCAAGUGUUUUACUUCAUGUUUGCAAGUACUCGUUUCUCAUUAUGUAGAAUCCAUCAUUUGGCUGAUAAGUUUAAAAAGCAUAGGAUUGGUUUUAGAAUUGUUAAUAUGCAUAAUAUUAAUAAGUGUUAUUCAAGUUUUUAAUAUAGGUCGUUUGGGAUUAUGCUUGAUAGGAUUCCUUUGGCUAUAUCAGACCAUAAACCAUCAUCAAGAGAGUGUGUAUAUUAUUGUGGAAAAACUACAAGUUAUCAGUGCAAUGUGAUUUCGAACUUGAUUAUGUCUUUCAUUGGUUUGAUGCUGUCAAUCGUAGCAUUGUUUAUUGGAUUUUAGUGUGUUCAUCACUUGCACCAAUACAAGGAGUACUUAAUGGAUAACAAAAAUGACUCCUUCUCUCAUCAAUUAAUUAAAUUAGAAACAAGACUUACUUAGAUCAAGAUAUUAAAAAUAAGCGGUUUGAUUUAAUACGGAGUUCAAUUCAGUUUGGAUGUAUUUGUCUAUGCAUUAUCAUCCUCCAAUCCAACAGAGUGUACUAACUAUUUGAUACCAACAUCGAUCUUAACAGUUUUAAUAUACUCUUUAUUAAAAUUAAUAUCACUGAUAACAAUCCCAGUUGCCGUUUUCCUGGUCUGUUACGAAUGCAAUAAGGAAUACUUUGGCACUGAUCACCACAUCUGGAAUUUUCCAAACAGCCAAAGAACGUUAAAAGCCUUAGCAGAUCAAGAGUAAUUGAACUACGUUGAGAUGUCUGAAGUUAAAUGA